GGUGGGGUGGGGUGGGGGAAGGUAAGGAAUCCCAGAGCGGAGCCACCGCCCCCCACUUUGCAGGGCUGUGGGGGGGGGGAGAGGCGGCCCCUCCCGCAAGGGUGGGGGAGGGGAGCCCAGCACGCCCCAUGCAAAGAGGGCGGGUGCCUGGUGCAUUUGACCCCCCCACCCACCAUGAAAAUGGUGGUGGUGGUGGUGGGGAAUGGGAGCCCCCAUGUACAGACUGGGAAAUCAGACCUCGGUGAAGGGGGCUGGGGCGGAGGAGAAGCGGGGCAGACGCCCAUGUGCAGAGAAGGAUGGGCGAAGGGGAGUCCCAGAUGCACAGGGAGACCCGGAGAACUACCUGAGGAAUUUUCAGAGGACCGACUUUCUCAGUCUUGGUGUGUGCUGGAGCAGGGAAGAUUGGAUGUCUUUCUAGAGCCAAAAGCCCUUCUGGGGCUGGUCUGUGGCUUUAGACCUUGAAGGUAUGUGGGAGAUGCACCCUGAAGCCAGGUGAAAUACAGCUCAAGCCUCAGAAACAGCUGGUGGAGUAAAAACCAGGUUUUCAUUUUUUCAAAGAUUAAUUUAAAUUGGUGUUUUUUAAAGAAUCUUCCCCCCAUUUGAAAUAAAAUUGUUUAAUAUGGCAACUUACAGUAAUUAAAUGCAGAUAAAAUGUAUAUAUUAUACAAUAUUAUUAUAAAACUGGACUAGUGGUCGUUUAUCAAACACAUUGAGAUAAAACCUCAUUUUCUAUGUUAAAGACAUGUUUAUGUUAAUCUGUUCUCAGGUCAAGAUUUAUGAAGUGGAAAUAGGUCACAGAAAAAUGAUGAAUAUUUAUUAUGCUGCCAGUACGCUAGACAGACAUUUAUGUUCCAUCUCAUGGAAAAACAUGAUUGAGACUAGUAAUAGCCUUGCUUCUGGAAUGUGUUGCACAUUCCUGACUGGGAUCUAAAGAACUGCUUAAAAAUCUGCAGAUUAUAUGGACCGUUCUAGUAAUAUUGUUGACUUAUUUUCUCUGAAGUAACUCCCAUGCUAGAUCACAACUACUUUUGAAAUAUCCACAGUAUUCAAAGCUAUGCUUCCCCCCUCCCCCGUGCAUUUUGCACUUAAAUCAAAUAUUGAUUGUCUUUGUUGCCUGUUCAUCCAGUAGGGAGAGAUCCUUUUGGAUCCCCAUCCUUAAUAAUGUAGUGUCCUCCUCAAAUAGUGUUUGCAUACAGAUCCAUUGACUGGUUAUUUUCUCUGAAACAUGCAGUGCACCAGAAAUUCAGCUGCAAUGUGGCAGUUGGAACCACUGAGAACUAGGGAAGGCUGCUGUACACUGGAGGACAUUUGCACGUCAGUGCCUCUUACAUCUGCUGCCAAGAAACACCAGCAGCCGCGACAACCUGGCAGGGGAAGCCCUGCCCUAUGGCAGACUAAUAAUAUUCCAAUUAAAUGUUUCAUUGCUCUUUAAAUGCAUUAUAAGCAAGCUUGAGAUCUUUGGGUGGCUAAUGGGCUAUAAUCCUAAUCAAUAUCGUCAGUUGACAUAGAUGAGCCACCAUGGGGAUACAGGCCUUUGGUUAGACCUAGCAAAGCUCUUCCUAAAUGAUUGAAAAUUGACAUAAUUAGCACAAUUGAGUUGUGAGUGUGUAUGUUUUAAUAAUUACCUUUACUUUUAUUUCUUGAUUUUAAUUGUAACUAUUGACUGACCCUGGUGUUUCAGGAUAAAUUAUUUUAAAAGUCUGCUUACUAAAUAUUCACACUUAGAAAAACAUUACUUAACAUAGGGGUGUUAGGGGAAGGGUAGUACCUCUGGUGGUGGGUGGGGGGACAGGUUGUGCUCCUGUGGCUCCUAGAAGCUGUCAGCAUGUGACAGCAGCCACACCUCAGGAAAUGGCUUCAAUGGGCCAGCUAAACCAGGUGAGGGUGGCAAAUGGAUCUCAAACACUCUGUGAGAUGGCGACUUCCCCUGCAUGCAAAGAAAGGCUCCCACAGAUUGAGCAGACAAGAUCAAUAGUGAGUCCAACAGUCAAGGUGGUUUCUGCAGAUGCUGUAGAGGGAAGUGAGGGACAGAUGGGGAUCAUCAACCUGGGAAGGUAGCCCAUCUAGGAGAAUGAAAACUCUGAUCCUAAACAUCUGCUGCUUUUAGGGCUAUCUUUGGGAAAAGAGGAGGCUAAGGAGUAAACCCUACACAAAUCUGGACUGGAGUCCUCAAGGCAGUUGAAUGGUACCUUGUAGGCUGCCUCCUAACAACUCCUGCAGCCAAGCUGGUGACAAAUGUAUUGCUCUGCUUUCCUUUGGACCACAUCAGUGAGACUGAGGGGAGUCUUGCCAUCUGGGCAGCCCAGGAGCUCCAUACAUAGUCUUGCGCCCUGGGGUGAUCACUUGGGUGUUGCUAACACAGGAGUUUGACUUUAGUUAAUUUGGUCAUUACAUGGUUCUUUGUUUUUUUGUAAAUAGUAUCAAGCCUAUUGGUGAUCAAAAAUAUUUCUUGUUUAAAUAAGCCUACUAUUUUACAAAUAGUUAAUCAUUUUUUGACAUUUGUCCAAAAUUGAGUUGAUCCUUUCUGACCAGUCAGAUGCCCAAUUCUGUCCUCAAACUUAGCUGCCUCGUUGUUUACCCCAGCUCCAGGUGUCUAAUGAAAUAGUUAAAUAGCUGCUAUCUACAGAAGCUCGUGGGAUACCUCCAUACUUGUUUCCAUCUGUUUUGAAAACAAUCCUAUUGCUGACUUCUUUUUUUAAACCGGUUUCCAAUCCACCUAUCUUCCCAUGCAGAAGCCAUAGUGAUUGUUUGGAUCCUGCUCUUAAACUUGAUUUGAAUCAAUUGUUUAUAUUCAGCCUUCUCCUUGGCAAUUUAAAAUCAUGGAAUCACAAAACUGUGAUUUACAGUGCAAUCCAAACCCCAGAACUGCCGAUAUGAGUUUGGAUUUGGCAGAUCUUGGACUUUUCUGGUUCAGCUGGGCUAUACCGGCUUAAGUCCCUCAUCCGGACUGAGACAAAGAUCUAACAGUGCAAGUCUUUCAUCCCCAGCUCAACUGGCAGAAUUUACACCAGCGUAGUCCCCCAAAAGGGGUGUUUUGAAGAAGCGGGUGGAGUGAAAGAAGGAGAGACUUACACCUGUUUCAAACCCCAUUCAGCUUGGUUGUGUGUCCUAGGUCCCAAUCCUCAAAACCUAGGCCCCCAGCCAGCUUCUGGCUUAGUUAGCACUUAGUCUCCUCCCUCCCCUUGUCAGAGGCUCCUGAGUGGAGGUUGGAAAUGGGGUAACAUGUGCCAGCAUAAGUUUCACCAGUUCUCUAUAGUUGGGAUUGCUCUGCCAAAUCAGUCCGCUCACUGCUUUUGGACUCUAGAAUUGGGCAAAAAGAAACAAUGAUACUGUGUGCUAACAAAACAGCACUGAAAUCAGGACACAGGUGGCAUGACAAAGAGGAGUGCCUCUACUACUGCUUUGUACUGAAAGAACUGAGAAUAUUUGUUGCAAAACCACACCAAAGAAGAUGUAAACAUGUGUUUAUGCUACAUGUUUAAGCCACUUUGAAAUCUGUCCAUAGUAUCUGGCCAUUGUACAGCAGAAGGGCUAUAGCUCAGUGGUAGAGCACGUGCAUAGCACACAGAAGGUCAUCGGCUCAAAACCUGGCAUCUCCAGUUAAAAGGUUCAGGUAGCAGAUGGUGACAGUGACCCCUGCCUGAGGUCCUGGAAAACCACUGCCAGAGAGUAGACAAUACUGGACUAAAUUGCGUAAAUCCCUGUGUGAUUUACUGCCACAACUUCAGUAUAGGUGUUUUUGUGAAAUAACUUAAUGGUUACAAGGGAAGAGGGUCUUUAAUGUUUUGCUUUUCGAUUCCCUGUUGCAGUAAUGCAUGAAAACCUAAGUAGCCUUGCAAAGUAACUCAAGUCUACAUAACUCUCAGCCCCACUAAUUAAGGUUUUUGCCCUCAGCUGACUAAAUUGCCUAAAAAAGCAGUAGUUGACUGAUGUACUGAUUGAUGCUGCAAUCUUAUACACUCUAUCUAGGAGUAAGUGUCGUUGAACUCAGUGGGGCAUCCUUCUAGGUAAGCCUCUAUUGGGCUGUGGCGCUUAUGCAUUUAGUUCUUGCAAUUCCUGCUCCUUGCUGUGGGAACCUCUGAAAGACCUGUAUCUUACCUGUUUCAUCAUAGGAUGUAUUUUAUACCAGGGUUGUCAUUUGAUUAAUUGGUUGAAUGAUCAAUAAAUAGCAUUUUUCUUUGUAUUUAGAUUUCUGCAUACUUUAUCUGAUUUUAAUUUUGUAUUUUUAUAUUGUAACCUGUCCUGGAACCUUAUGGUGAAGGGUGGAUAAGGAAUAUUACUACUACUACUACUACUAUUAUUAUUAUUUAUUAACAUGUCACAGUAAACAGCAUCUCAGAAUCAGCAUUCUGUUUUGUUGUUUUUAAUUUGCAGACACUGAUCAAAGUAUUUUUCAGUCAGCGAUCCAGAUUAAUCGCCCCAAAGUUGCAACCCUAAUCUAGAGCACCGGGCUCCCUAAUUUUUCCUUUCUCUUUCUUAUACACCCCAGCAGGUGUCACGAUGGCAGAGUCAGCCGAGGAGACACUGCUGUAUGUGGAGCAUCGCUUUGUCUGCUCGGAGUGCAGCCAGCAGUUCAACUCCUUGGAGGAAGCCCUGGUACAUCAGCAGAGCCACCUGUGCUCCCAAGAGCAGCAGUAUCAAGUGGUGGGGCUGGCAGAAGCUGGGCUGGUGGCAGGUGGCGAGGCCGGCCUCUACCAGACUGUGACUGUGCAGGAAAGCCAGUACCAAUGUCUGGAGUGCGGACAAAUCCUCCUGUCUCCGAGUCAGUUGCUGGAACACCAGGAGAUGCACCUCAAGAUGGUGAUCCAGGAGCCGGAACCCUUGGUGAAACUGCUGAGCUCCAGCCAGAUCCAUUAUGAGUGCACAGAAUGCAAGGCCCUGUUCACCAGCCAGGAUGUGUGGCUUGCUCACCGGCAGACCCACCGGAAGCCACCCGAGCCACCAGCUCCCCCUCCUCAGAGCCGGGCACUGGUCAACCUGGAGCACUCGUACCGCAAGCCGCCAGGCGGGGUAGACACUCUGCAACUGCUGCUGUAUGAAUGUGGCGAGUGUCUCCAACUGUUUCAGUCGACAGCAGACUUGCUGGAGCAUCAGACCACACACCAAGUGAUCCAAGCCUCCCCAGGGACACGAACGAGGGAGCUGCCUGCAUCCUGCCCCACGGAACCGAAGGCGCCACCGCUGCCGCCACCACCUCCAAGUUUAGUGGCUGUGCACAAUGGGGCCGUGCCGCCGCCAGCCCCCACCAGUGUCACGGCCACUGAUCACAGCUAUGAGCUAAAAAACAACCCUGUGGAGCAGCUUCCCCGGAAAGCGAAGCAGGCCGUCGAGGAGCACAUGUGUGCAGAGUGUGACCAGCCCUUUCCUUCAGCCCACAAGCUCCAGCUUCACAUGAAGAGCCACCGGCAGGGCGCCUUCAAAUGCCCGCUCUGCAGCAAGGUGCUGCCAUCCCCAGCUGCCCUUGAGAAGCACCGGGAGGAGCACAGCGGUGAGUCGCGCUUUCUGUGCAUGGACUGCGGCCUGGGCUUUGGCACGGAGGCGGUGCUCUUGUCCCACCGGCGCACGCACUCCUCCAACCCCCUCUACCGCUGCGCUUGCGGGAAGACCUUCAUCAACAUGACCAAGUUCCUUUACCACCGACGUUCCCACAGUGCCAAUUCAGCGCAGACCCACGAGUUGCCUGCAUCUCCUCCUGAGGAACAGCCUCCUGAGGAGGAGUCACCUGAAGCCUUGGAGCAACCAGAGCAGCCCCCGCCACCACCUCCACAACCAGCGCCUCCUCAGCAGCAGCAGCAACAACAACAGCAACAGGAGCAACAACAAGAGGUGUUUCCACUGGCUAUUAUCUGCUCGUUGGACAAGACCUCUGCCCCAGUCGAAAGCAACGCACAGGAGCAAAAGCCCUCAGAGUUCCAUUGCCUGCUUUGCAACAAGACCUUCCCCAAGUUGACGCUGCUGCUGCGCCACCAGCGCUUUGUCCACAACAUGGAGCGCCGCCACAAGUGUCUGACUUGCGGCAAGAUGUUCAAGAAGAAGUCGCACAUGCGCAACCACCUCCUGACGCACACCGGCGAGAGGCCGUACCACUGCAAGGAGUGCGGCAAGAGCUUCAACUCGCAGGCCAACCUGCAGCGCCACCGCCUGACGCACACCGGUGAGCGCCCGUACCGCUGUGAGAUCUGCCAGAAGUGCUUCACGCAGUCGUCCACCUUGCAGCAGCACCUCCUGGUGCACAAGCGCCACUACCCCUACAAGUGCCAGGAGUGCAACAGCGUCUUCCACCGGCCCUACCGCCUGCUCAUGCACCGCUACCACCACACAGGCGAGUACCCCUACAAGUGCCAGACUUGUGGCCGCUCCUUCCUGCUCCGCCGGCUGCUGGAGGUCCACCAGCUGAGUCACACGGGACAGCAGCCCCACCGCUGCACGUCUGGCUGCGGCGCCGCCUUUGUCACAGCCGAGCAGCUGAAGGAGCACAAGUGCGGCAAGAUGAGCCGCCACUUUGAGUGCUCUGUCUGCGGCAAGAAGGUUGGCUCGACGGCGCAGCUGAGAGCCCACGAGCGGCUGCACGGGGACAUCCAAGUUCCCGAAGGGGUGGAGGAAGUGCCCCCCGCUUUGGAGCCGCCCCCGCCCCGGCCGCGCCGCCCCACCGGCCCCAAGGUUUUCGAGUGCAGCGACUGCAAGAAACUGUUCAGCACCGAGACAUCGCUGCAGGUCCACCGCCGCAUCCACACGGGCGAGCGCCCCUACCCAUGCCCAGAUUGCGGCAAGGCCUUCCGGCAGUCUACACACCUCAAAGAUCACCGGCGGCUGCAUACCGGCGAGAAGCCCUUCAAAUGCGAUGAGUGCGGGAAGGCCUUCACCAUCGCUGUACGGCUGGCUGAGCACAAGCGCAUCCACACUGGGGAACGCCCAUACCACUGCGACGCUUGCAACAAGGCUUACCGCUCCUUCUCCAACCUCUGGAAGCACCGCAAGAUGCAUCAGCAGCAGCGGCUGCAGAACGAGCAAGAGGCCAUGGCAGAGGCUGUUGCUGCUGCUGCGGCCGCGGCUGCUGCUGCAGCCGCAACGCCGUCAGCCUCGUCCACGCCUAGCGAUCAGGUCUAUGGCAACACUGUUACCAUUAUGGAGACCAUCCCCGUGGUGGAGACCAUUGAAAUCUACCCUACGGAUGCCGGGGUUCACUUUGAGAACAUCCAGGUGGAGAAUGUCCAGAUAGGGGGAGUUUGAGUUGGGCUGGGGGGAGCAAGGAGAUGCAGCUGGCCACGCUCUGUGGACCGGGAACUGCUGCUCUCCGGCUCCCCCUUGCUGGGGCUCUAGUGUUGCUGCAACAACUUCUGCUCCCUAGCUUUUUAUCCAUGCUCCCUCUGCUGUCCAGAAUUUGGCCAUUUCUGCAACGUGGCUACAUCAUCUUGACUUCCCCGGUUCAGAUGGUGAACUGGGCUCCCAUUUCCUCCCCGUCUGCACAAACACCAGGGCAGCAUCGUGGUUGGCUUGGGCACUCAAUGCCACCGUGGGCUCUAACCCUCCCAUUUCCUUUGGGGUUGGGUUCUUUCCCACUCAGUUGUGUGGAGCGUGGCUUUUAUUUUUUUUAAUGACACAUGCAACUCCCCAGACAUGAGAAUGCCCAACCACAGCCUCCCCCCCCCCCCAUGGCUGAGCCCUUUGAAUGCUAAAUGGUUUUGUUUGUUUCAUAGAGUGCUCCAGGGAAUAGCUUCCCUGCUGGGGUUCAGUCUGAAUUGUAAAUACCUCUUGACUGGGUUUCCCUCUUCGCUGUGGGAGUUGCUCUCCCUGUUUGCUGUUGCUCCCCUAUCACCCACACAUACUCCCCUUGUGACCCCUGACAGCUGCUUUUAUUUGGUUUCUUGCUAACUGGAUUCUUCCCCAUGGCUGCAGGAGCAUUUUGUUAUUUCGUAUGAAAAUUAAACAGAAAUCAAAGCGCU